UCGGUUAGGCGGUCCACAGACCUGGGCUGGUUCGCUCUGGGUCCAUCUGGUCUGCGCGCCUCUCCGGUACUAUCCUACAGUUUGCUUUCUACCAUAGCCAUAGGUUUGCGUUUCAUCGUUUUCUCCAUAGCCGGACUAUUCGACGGUUUGCUUCCUACCAUAGCCAUAGCUUUGGGCUUCGUACGUGUGGUGGGCGGUUACCAACGUCUGCGCGCUUAAACGGGUUUGCACACGCACGUGCACUUGCACGUGCUCUUGUGAUGUAACACAGGCCCGUCCAAACACAUCGGCAUCGGCAAGCGGGUUCGUCAACGUGUGAGUGGAAGAAUCAGUGGGCAGUGUUCUUCAACGUGGCCUUGCCCCGCAGGUUGCUGAGGCGUGCUGAAGCUUUACUAUGAUUUAGGUUCAGCGAAGUAAUCUAUGUCUCCUCCGUCGGCAGGCAUCGAAUUCCGAGGUCUACCAUGGAGGAUUUAACGACGACGAUCGGAGCGCUCGUUGCCGGUCUCCUUGUGGCCCUGCUUUCUCUGUUGGGGCUGAGCUGGUCCAGACCGAGUGUGCGCGCUGGACAGCCAGAAGAAGAGAAUCCCGAGAAGGCGAACAGGGUUGUGGAUGUUGCUGCAAGGCCUACACGCACCGGAGAAAGGGGUGGUGGUCUCCGGCAACGAUGGAGAACCAACCGGGCAGGAGCAAGCUCGUCAGCUGCCAGCUCUUCUGGCACAGUGGAGGAGCGGGUACCACAGAGGGGUGCGGCUGCUGAUGAAGACAGUGAUGAUGAUGAAGAUGGUGCCGACUAUGCUCCUCGUGCACCGGCAAAGAAGGGGGCGAGACGCCAGCAAAGGGAGGCCAACAGACAGGCUGAAGCAGCUCAAAGAGAACUGAAGAAGGAGAAGGAGGACAGGAAUGCAGAGUUAAGAAGGCAGCGGGAUGAAGCCCGAGAGGCAGAAGAAAGGCGCAAGGAGGAGGAGCUUGCUGAACAGAGGAGGAUUGAAGAAGAGAAAGCGCAGGCAGAGUAUGCCCAGUGGAAAGGAGCAUUUGCUUUGGAAACAGAGGGAACAGUUGAAGAUGAUGUAGCAGAGCAGAGUCAAGGACUUCUUCAAGAGUUUGUCGACUACAUCAAGAAACACAAGCUGGUGGUUUUGGAGGAUCUUGCAGCUGAGUUUGAACUCAGAACUCAGGAUGUUGUGAACAGAGUUAUUGCUCUUGAGCAAAUGGGUCGGAUCACGGGUGUUAUGGAUGAACGGGGCAAGUUCGUGUACAUUUCCCCAGAAGAGAUGAAGGCGGUUGCAGAAUAUGUCAAGAGCGUCGGGCGUGUGAGCAUUGCCGAGUUGGCACGGAAGUCGAAUGAAUUCAUUGACCUUGUGCCAAAGACGGUCCCCGUCAGCAGCACUUGUGCAGAUGAACUGUUUGCGGAACCGCCUGCGAUGGAUGUCGAUGCAACUCCAACGCUUGUGGCAUGAUGCUCAUCCAGUGUGCUCCAGCCCGGAAGGUGUUUGUUUUUCUUCCGCCAACAAAGAAGAAGCUAUCCAUCCCGGGAGGAAGUAUGGUGACGGAGGGGACCUUGUCUUUCGUGGUUGUCCUGCAUUCUCAAGAUGAAGGCAUGAACAAUGUAUCUCCCUCCAUACAGCUGGGGUGUCCAUGGUAUGAUAUGGUCAAAUCUUCCCGUUCGACAACCUGGGCAAUAAAUUCCUGGCUGACUUAGUGAUAUGUUGGCUUGCACAGGCUAGCAGCUAAGCGCAUGCAUGAUACAGAUGGAUGUAGAUGCAAACUGAGUGUGGUUUGGGGAACAGCGGGGGAAGGGAGGGACGGAGGGAGGAGUCAACAAGGCGUGGACGAGAGAGAGAGAGUGUGUGUGUGUGUGUGUGUGUGUGUGUGUGUGUGAGAGAGAGAGAGAGAGAGAGAGAGAGAGAGAGAGAGAGAGAGAGAGAGAGAGAAGGGUAAAGGGACAUUGCACUGCUCAUGGUAGUUGUAUAUAGAUGGCAUAUUGGCUUAUUGGAUAAUACAGUCACAGGAUGGGUAUGCAGGACGACCGUUCCUUGUUUUAGAGAGGCUGCUGGUGUGAUGGCGUUUUGUGAUUUUCUGAAAUAUUGUUGUUUUCUGAGCAUUAUGAUGAUCUUCUACUCUCUUCUCAUGUCUACAGAAGGACACAUGCAUGACCAUUGGUCUCCCACAACCUUCCAUUUUUGAGCAGUUCUCCCUGUUUCCUCGUGUGUCCUUGCUCCCCCUUUUUUAAUUAUCUGCUUGGCUGAGCAGUGUUGUCACUGACUCUCACAGCCAACUUGAGAUUCAAUAGUCUGCAGCUGGGUGUCAAAAGGCCUUUAUGGCGAAACAGUGUCUACAAUAUCUGAGAACUGAUCAGUUGGACCCCCAAGUUUUUGCGAAACACUGAACGCAAUUCAACGCAUCCUUUUACGGC